AUGGUCGUCCACAUACGCGGUUGCAAUUUCAGCACCACAGACAGCUCUCUCCGCAGCUCCAGCGUCAGCACCGAUGCCACCCUGUGGGACUCCCCGGCUCCCCAGAGACCCGGCGAGUUGAGCCGGACCGGCCACACGGUGGUGGCAGUAUGCCUCGGCUUCAUUUUAGUAGCGGGAUUCCUCGGCAACUUCUUCGCUCUUCUUAUCUUCGCAAAGUUUCGCUCCCUCUGGACGCCCAUCAAUCUCAUCCUGUUGAACAUCAGUCUGAGCGACACCCUCGUGUGCGUUUUCGGGACACCCUUCAGUUUCGCCGCCAGUGUGCACGGGAGGUGGCUCAUUGGGGAUUAUGGCUGCAAGUGGUACGGGUUCGCCAAUUCCCUCUUUGGGAUUGUGUCCCUGGUGUCCCUCUCUGUUCUCUCCUAUGAGCGCUACACCACCGUGCUGCAUUCCUCAACGGAUGACAUCUCAGACUUCAGGAAAGCAUGGCUCUGUGUCGUAGGCUCCUGGCUGUACUCUCUCCUCUGGACCUUGCCUCCCUUUCUGGGUUGGAGCAGCUACGGGCCCGAAGGACCCGGUACCACGUGUUCCGUCCAGUGGCACCUCCGUUCACCCACGAGCGUCUCAUAUGUGUUGUGUCUUUUCAUCUUCUGCCUGCUGCUGCCCCUUCUACUCAUGGUCUACUCUUAUGGCCGAAUCCUGGUUGCAAUCAGGAGGGUGGGUAAAAUCAAUUUGCAGGCAGCUCAGCGCAGAGAGCAACACGUUUUGGUGAUGGUGUUGUCCAUGGUGUCCUGCUACAUGCUGUGCUGGAUGCCCUAUGGCAUCAUGGCGUUGAUGGCUACCUUUGGUAGGUCAGGACUGGUCACUCCUUUGGCGAGUGUGGUGCCCUCCAUCCUGGCAAAGUUCAGCACUGUCGUCAACCCCAUCAUCUACGGGUUUUUUAACAACCAGUUUUAUGGAUGCUUUGUGGCCUUCAUGAAGUGCAGCGGGGAACCCCAGUCUGUUCAAGGAGAGCAGCACAGGACACAGGUCUCUGGUGUCCACAGACAAGCUUCACAAACUUCACAACCUCAGAUCCUCAGCAGCCGGCACAAUGACCGCCACACUCUCAUUGUCCACUACACUCCAUAAAAGCUUUUCAUCUUUUUCAUCUGGCAGACUGUGAACAAUUUAUUGUCCAGAACCCAAAGUGCAACUAAAAGACCCACAUUUUCCAUCUAUCCCUCAACACCCUGCUAUUGAUUUUACAUAUGAAGAUGGAUGUCACUGUCAACUCUUUUAUAUUUGAAUGUAGACAUUAUGUGUAUGAUGUACAACAGUACCAUGUAUGCAUUUCUGUGUUUGACCAAGUUAAAGUUGUCCUUAGUUCUCUGAGAGAGAGAAGUACCAUCCUGUUUUUUGAUUUUAUACAUUUUCCACAAUAAACAGCAACCACAGCAAACAGGAGUAUUGAAUUAAGUAGUUAUUAGUACAAUAUAAUACUGGGUUAUAUGCUAUUUAAAUAAGAGAAAGAGCAUCAAUUUACAUAUAUACAU